AUGUCAAACGUCGUUGCUACCGGGCAAGAAGUUGCUCCCGGGAAAGAAGUUACCCCCGAGGCUCCCGUCUCCUGGUUGGAGGUAAUCAAAUGUUCUUUUCCUGCUUGUGGUGGUCUGCUCUUUGGUUAUGAUGCCGGCUACAUCAACGGAUGUCUUGGAAUGGACUAUUUUAAGUACGCAUAUGGCGAGCCUUCCACCGAUCCCUUGGGUUUCAUGGGCCGCAUGUACCCCACCUGGGGUAAAGCUGUCAUUGUUUCUCUCCUCUCUGUCGGUACCUUUCUCGGAGCGCUCAUCUCUGGCUACUCUUCUGACCACUUCGGUCGUCGCAACACUAUUCUCAUCGGUUGCAUGAUCUACUGUCUCGGUGUCAUUCUCCAAGUGGUUCAUCCCAACAUUGGUCUCCUGGCUGCCGGUCGUACCGUCGCUGGUUUCGGCAUCGGUUUCGUAUCUGCUAAUAUCGUUGCCUUCCAAACUGAGAUCUGCCCCAAGAAGAUCCGAGGUCCUUGCAUCAGUGUGUACCAAUUUGGUAUCACAAUUGGUCUACUCAUUGCUUCAGGUGUCAAUCAGGGAACCAAAGAUAUCAAGAGCAAUGCCUCUUUCCAGAUUCCCAUUGGCUUGCAAUUCAUCUUUGCGUUCAUGCUAGCUGUGGGCUUACUUUUGUGGCUUCCUGAAUCCCCGAGAUGGUUCAUUUCUAAGGGGAGAACGGAUGAGGCCAGGGCGGCUUUGUGCAGGAUUCGUGGACGCAGCAACGGUGAUUUAUAUUUGGAAACCGAAUUUGAUACUUUGGUUGCGGAGACUAGGGAUGAGCUCAAUGCAUCCAAUGGUGGCUGGAGAGAUUGUUUCACUGGAGGUUUCCAUUUUGGUAGCAACCUCUUUAGAACUUUCAUCGGUACAACGGUACAAAUGAUGCAACAAUUGACCGGUGUCAAUUUCAUUUUUUACUAUGGUACUACAUACUUCGCACAAAUCGGACUGACCAGUGUUUUCCUCCUGGCUACAAUUACAAACAUCGUAAACGUCUGUGCAACCCCCGUAUCCUUCUGGACCAUCGAGCACCUCGGUCGCCGUCCCCUCCUCAUAUAUGGAGGCAUGUUCAUGACCGUCUGCGAAUUCAUCAUCGCCAUCGUGGGAACCGUCCUCGCCACCAACGGCACCGCUCAAAUCGUGCUCUUCGUCUUCGUCUGUUUCCACAUCGUCGGUUUCGCCAGUACAUGGGGACCCUGCGGCUGGGCCGUCUCGGGCGAGAUGUUCCCGCUGCCCAUUCGUGGCCGCGGCAUCGCUCUCAGCACCGCUAAUAACUGGCUGUGGAAUUUCGUCAUUGCCAUGGUCACGCCGUAUUUGGUGGGCGAAGAUAAUGCUAAUUUAAAGGCGAAGGUGUUUUAUAUCUUCGGCGCUACCUGUGCGUUAUCGACGGCCUUUGCCUAUUUCUGCAUCUAUGAGACGAAGGGCUUGUCCCUGGAACAGAUUGACGAUAUGUGUGCGGAUGAGAAGGCUAAGAAUCCAAGACAUAGUGCGAGGUUUGCGGAGGGUGCGCGCGGACAGGCGAGUGGGACGGAUGCUGAGGAGCGUAGGCUGUCGCAGAGGCAGAGUGGACGGAGUGGGAGGAGUGUUGCGAAGAAUUACUAA